AACUCAUGCAGAUAAAUACAAAAUUACAAUACACAGAAACUGAGAUAACCUCUAUGUAACAGUUGAGAUAUUUUAUCAUAUACCGGAAUGUAUACAUUGUUAACUUUGAAAUAGAUAUAUUGCUAUUAAUUAUGCUGUUAAACAUGAAUAUAUUUUCAUAAAGCUUUUUGAUAAACGUAAGUUAUUUUUCACAGUUUAAUCAUACUAUUGUAUUGAAUUAACAGUUUCAAAUAUUAAGUAACUUAAAAUAAAGUUAAAACAUAUCGAAAAGUGGUACCGGAAGUCAAGGGGGCAUUAUGGGAUCAAAGAGAACAGGAAACUCUUAUUACUACGAUGAUGAUGAUGAUGACGAAGAAAGUAAAUUGCUCCGAACCAUUCCACCAGGAAUCUCAGCCAGAACACAUAGCAUCAGUGGUACACAAAGUGUUAUUCUAGAACCACCGGAAGUAAACAAAUCAAGAUGGCGGUCCAUUCGUGUUAUGUAUCUGACCAUGUUUCUUAGCAGUGUUUCAUUUUCAAUAUGCAUGUCAUCACUGUACCCGUACCUUGAAAUACUAGACCCGAAGGCCAGUACCAACUUCCUUGGUUGGGUUGUGGCAGCGUACAGUGUGGGGCAGCUUGCAGCAUCUCCGUUUUUCGGGGCGUGGUCGAAUUUCCGAUCGAAAACACGAGAACCAAUCAUAGUCUCGCUAAUUAUCAAUGUCUUAGCAAAUGUAUUGUACAUGUAUCUAGAGAGUAUUCAUAAAAAUGCAAAAAUAUACCUCAUGUUGGCCAGAGUAUUUGUUGGGUUUGGUGCAGGUAAUGUGGCUGUGGUGAGAUCCUAUGUGUCAGGAGCGACCACGAUGUCAGAAAGAACAUCAGCUAUGGCGAACAUGUCUGCAUGUCAAGCAAUCGGCUUCAUUAUUGGGCCAUUAAUUCAAACGGCAUUGGUACCAAUUGGGUUCCCCGGACCCGUACGCUCAGAGUACUUUCACUUUGAUAUGUACACAGCUACAGGAUUCUUCAGCGCUCUUCUUGGUACCGUGAAUAUCGUGCUACUUCUACUUGUAUUCAAAGAACAUACUGUCAGUGAUGAUCAGUUCUCGCCUAUAAAUAUACAGUCUGCAGUCAAUGAGAACUCUGAAGAAGCGUCUACAAUGUCACCAGAUUAUUUCGCCGUCAUCCCAUCAAUAGUCCUCUUUUUCUCUGUUCUCUUUAUAUUUGCAGUUUUUGAAACAAUAGCUACACCCAUGUCAAUGCAUAUGUUUGCUUGGAAGAAGUCCGAAGCCACCUUGUUCAUUGGUUUAAUGCUCGGCGUUUCCGGAUUUAUAUCAAUCUUUGUAUUUGCUGUAAUCAAAAAGCUCUCAACAAGAGUGAAUGAGCGUUAUCUGUUGUUAUUUGGUUUCAUAAUGUGUCUUGUUGGAUUUGUGACUUACCUGCCUUGGGGUCACCAAUAUCCAGAAAUACAAUACGCCGAGAUGGAAAUAGCAGAAACAACAAUAAAUAACACCGUCAUUAACAACACAUUACAUGAGAAUAAUCUUCAAGACGCUACCACCAAUAACAACCAUUUAGACUUGUAUUUGCCAUACGAUAAACCUUUCUCUAAGUCAUCUGAUGAACAAAUAAGCACAUUUGUUAAAAAUAACUCUCCUGUGGUAGCUAAAUAUUUUAACCCAAACAACAAUGUAUUUGAUUUGAAUAACAACCAUGACAAAAGUGCUGGUGAGACUAUGGACACGACGAAAUUAACUUAUCAACAGGCGGUGAACAAAUUUUUGUUUGACGAAAUAACAAUGAAGCCAGAGAAAACGUCAAACCAUUCUAGCCCGGAAGCAGUUGGCUGUCCGUAUUACUACGACUGGUGUAUGUACACACCGGUCAUCUUUUUGUGGCAGUUCUUUUUAGGGACAUUUUUCGUUGCGGUUGGCUACCCGACGUGUAAUGUAAUGUCUUACAGUAUAUACUCAAAGAUUCUGGGACCAAAACCUCAGGGAAUCUGGAUGGGAUGGUUAACGGCUGCUGGCAGCCUCGCUCGGACACUUGGUCCUGUAUUUGUGAGCCAAGUCUACGACGCUUAUGGACCAAGAGUGACAUUUGUGUCUUUAAUUGGAAUUAUUAUUCUAACAAUUGCUGGGUUCGGCAUCUUUUUUAAAAGACUUGUGCCUUUUAAAACGGCACGACAACCAGUGAUAAUCGUGGAAGAGCCGCCUAAUUGAACACGAAUAACUCAUUCAGAAGUACAUAACUAAAUACUCAUUGAUACUUUUAGCUUGAACCAUAUAUGUCUUUUAUGUUGUAGUGUGUAUAUGUGAUGUAAUUGUAUUUGAUUAGAAUAAUGGUUAAAUUAUUUAAAUUUAAAAUGCUUAUUGCAAAAUGAAUGAAUAGCAGAAACUUUUUACACUUGCAAAUGCAUUAAGUGUCUUCAUUAAUAUAUUUAUUAGCUGUUAUACUUAAUGUAUAUUUUGUUCAGUCGUAUUUUAUUGCUGGAAUGGCUGCACUUAAUGUCUGUAGAUAAUAUAUCAUUUUAUCUAUUGAAUGUGUAUAUCUAGACCCGGUGUAGUUUUCCAUUUGUUUAAGGUAAGACAUGAGCACCUGCCGAUGUUAAAUUUGAUUUGCUCUGACACGAAGGUAACUACUUCACUGAAAGAAAAUCUGUUUCGCAGUAUCACUUAGUUUUAUUCUGUAUGAACAAUGAUACACCACAUACUGUUUUGUUACAUGUUUACUGUUAGUUAAAUAUUGAAAUGUUACUUUAAAACAUGGUUCAUGUUACUGUACUCUGAUACGUUACACCGGGAUAUAAAGACCAAUUUCAUUCGU